AUGAAGGUGCGACAGGCUUCCGCUGCCGCCAUGGCUGUCGCCAGCGCGAAUGCGCAGAGUUUGAGCGCAUACCCGUACGCCUCUGAAUCACCAGUCUCAUAUGUUACUGUUACAUACGACUUCUGCUCGAGUGUUCCCAUCGAGACGAUGAUCACAGUCACCAAUGGCUAUACCGUCACCUACUGCCCAGAGUGCUCCAAGACACCUUCAGCAGUGCCAACUCCGCCAGGACAUACCACUGUCUACACCACAGAAUACUUGUCGCUGUGCUCGACGGGUCUGGUCCCAGUCACGCAUACCAUCACCGAGAGCUGCACAGAAGCGACGCCUACCUGGACUCCCGGACCAAGCCAUCUUCCUCCAGGCUUCACUGUCACUGUGAAGGACUGCACCGUCUGCUCAGGUGCUCACCCCACGAAACCAGUGUCAGUCACCAUCACCGAGCCAUGCGACUGUGAGGCCACCAGUGGCACCUCGCUCGGACCUCUACCAACUGGAACGCCAGUCCAGCAAAUCCCCGAUGGGCAAAUCCAGAACCCAGCACCAACAGGAACGCCAGUGCAGCAAAUUCCCGACGGGCAGAUCCAAAACCCAGCACCCACCCCCGGCUCCCCAGGCAACACUCCCACCGGACCAGGUGCCACCAACCCCACUGUGGCCCCCUACCCAACCACCACCACCGUCAAGUGCCCCGGUCCAGCUUGCAUUGCCUCGACCAUGCCCACCGGCACCGGAGCGGUCCCUGUCCCAGCGGAUUCCACCUCCUCUCCAGCAGGAGGUGCCAGCACCCCAGUGGACGGCACCACUCCCCCAGCUGGGACGAGCGCUAUCACCCCACCAGCAUACACUGGCUCAGCCUCUUCUUCUUCUCACGCUGCAUUCGGCUUCGCUACUCUGGCGAUGGUGAUUGGUACUUUGGCUUUUGCAUUAUAG